AAGACUCUCGAAAAACAAAAUGGGAACCUGCUAAGUGGCGAAUUAAAAUCCCCGAGAGGAAUAAACAAACAAACGCACAAAACAAACAACAAGCCGCUAAAGCUUUCGGCUUAGUAAUUACUUUGGAAGAGCUUUUUCAAUAAGCGAAAGGAUGUCCCAGCAACAAUAGAAGAGGUGUAGCAAUAUUGGCGAUUUUCAAGAAACAAAAUUUACAGACGCUGUGCCGAGAGCCUGCAAGCGCCUCAGCCAAUCACAUCGCCGCGCUUCCAAUUAACUGUCAAUCAACUUAAACAACUGGUUGUCAGUUUCUUCCAUACUUGCAGGAUCGAGGGAUCAACUCGUCGAGUAGUUCGAAUGUAGAGUAUUACGGGGCUCAAAACAUGGCGAAUUGCUGCACCAAGAACGAGAAAACGGAGCCUGUAGGGAUUAAAUUCGAAGGGAACAACAUUGAACAAAAUAUUGAGACAUGGCUUGACGAACAUCCCGAAUUCGUUCACUCGUAUUUUUCUCGUAAAGCAAGCAGGACUCUUAUUGACUCUUGGCUUCAGUCACGCUCUGUACGAACUCCUACUCCCAGCGGAACACCUCCUCCUUCAGGAUCGUCGACUCCGGUUCGGAAAAUUUCUGCCUCUGAAUUUGAAGGCAGGGGAAUUUUAAAACCAUUAGUGAAUGUUGUCGAUGGGCAAGCAACGUUUCUUUCGCCCAGCGAACCCUCCAGGGCGCGCUCGCCACAUCGAAAUCGCAAAUCGCGAGUCGAACUCCAACAACUGGACGAAAAGGAGCUCUUAAUGGAACUCGUCAAGGAUAUCUCAAACGAUUUGGAUGUGAAAAGUCUUUGUCACAAAAUCUUACAAAAUGUUAGUAUUCUUGUUAAUGGAGACCGCUGCUCGCUUUUUCUUCUUCAAGGCCCGAAAGAUGGGCCCCGCUAUCUCGUUUCGAAAGUGUUCGAUGUGAAUGCGGAGUCAAAACUUGAAGACAUGCAAGGAUUGGAAGAAAUUCGAAUUCCAUUUGGCACAGGAAUUGUAGGAUAUACAGCAGAAACAGGAGAAGUGGUGAACAUUGCGAAUGCCUACGAGGAUUCAAGAUUUAAUCAGGAAAUUGACAAAAAGACUGGUUACCACACCAGAAGCAUUCUUUGUAUGCCCAUCCUUGAUCACUAUCAUGGCGAGGUUAUUGGUGUUGCACAAGUUAUAAAUAAAAGAGGAUUUCUAGAUCACACGUUUACCAGAGAAGAUGAAAAGAUAUUUAGCAAAUACUUGGUCUUCUGUGGAAUUGGAAUUGCUAAUGCAGAACUCUAUGAGAGAGCACAACUUGAAAUUAGAAGAAACCAGGUUUUACUAGAUCUAGCUAGGACAAUUUUUGAAGAACAAAGCACGCUUCACAACAUUGUACAGAAAAUUAUGAUGAUCACACAAACUUUACUUCAAUGCGAAAGAUGUUCAGUUCUUUUAGUCGAUCCCACCUCAAAGACUCUAUUUUCUCAAGCAUUUGAUUUGGAGGCACGGGACUAUCUGAAUGAAGAUGACCAGACUGUUGUCAAACACAGAUCUUGGAUCGGCUCUGUUUAUCAUAACNAGACAUUGAACAUACCAGAUGCGUACCAAGACGAGAGAUUUGAUCCCGCUGUUGACCAGGCUUCGGGAUUUGUUACAAAAACAAUUCUCUGCAUGCCUAUCAAGAAUAGUAGUGAAGAAAUUAUUGGUGUUGUCCAACUGUUGAAUAAACUUGAUGGCACAUCUUUUAAUAGGAAUGAUCAAAAUCUCUUUGAGGCAUUUGCAAUUUUUUGUGGCAUGGCAAUCCACAACACAGUCAUGUACGAGAAUGUGAACAAGGCCAUGGCUAAACAGAAAGUUGCGUUGGAGGUUCUCUCCUAUCACGCCACAGCUCCACUGGAAGAAGCCAACAAACUCAAGUCUUGUCCUUUACCAUCAGUCAACACCCUCCGACUGCUGGAUUUCACAUUUGACGAUGAAUCAAUCAAUGAUCAGGACACCCUUUUGGGCACACUGGCAAUGUUGAUGGACCUAAAAUUACAUGAGCAUUUCAAUGUGGAGUACCAGGUUCUUUGUCGCUGGAUUCUGACAGUAAAGAAGAACUACCGUCCUGUGAUGUACCACAACUGGAGACAUGCUUUCAAUGUGGCUCAAACAAUGUUCACCAUUCUUAAGGUCGAUGAAUUUGGGAAUCUGUUCACUCCAGAAGAGAAGUUUGCAUUGUUGGUGGCCUGUUUAUCACAUGACCUUGAUCACAGGGGAACCAACAAUUCAUUUCAAAUAAAGAGUGCGUCAGCAUUAGCACAACUGUACAGCACAUCUACCAUGGAGCACCAUCACUUUGAUCAAUGUAUUAUGAUCAUUAACAGUCAGGGAAAUGAAAUUUUUGGAUCACUCUCAGCUGAGGAUUACAACAAAGUAAUAAAACUUGUAGAGCAAGCAAUCAUUGCAACUGAUCUGGCUUUGUAUUUCCAGAAGCGCACUGAAUUUUUCAAGAAAGCUGAGGCAGGAUGCGAAGAUUGGUCAACUGAUGAGAACAGAGAACUUUUGAGGGCAAUGAUGAUGACUGCAUGCGAUCUUUCAGCAAUCACUAAACCGUGGCCUGUGCAAAGAAGGACAGCUUUACUUGUGGCGGAGGAAUUCUUCCAGCAGGGAGACCUUGAACAGCAAGAAUUGAAGGCAACACCCAUGGCAAUGAUGGACAGAGCCAAGAAAGAUGAACUGCCACAGAUGCAAGUUGGAUUCAUUGAUUCUGUGUGUUUGCCACUUUAUAAGGCUUUUGUGCAAAUGAAUCCAAAACUUGCACCUCUCAAGGAAGGCUGCCGGGAGAACAAACUGCAAUGGCAAAAACUUGCUGACGACCAUAAAGCCCAGAUUGAGAAUCAAGUGUGGAGAAAGAGAUGAGAUCUGAGAUAAUGUCCAUGCUUGAGGAAGAAAUUCACAAGCAAUUUAUGAGUUGCCUUCACAGGAGCAGAUAAAAUAGCAUUAUUAUGAAAAAAAUAGAAAUCCUUGUAAAUAUAGUACAUAUAAAUUUAAUUUUCUAGUACAUGAAUAGUAAGAUCAUUGCCAAUUGAUGGUUGUAAAAAUAUUAUGUGCAUUGCGAGGUAAAAUUAUUCAAGUGUCUGCUAUAUUUUCACUAUCAAAAAUGGCCAACUGGUGGUUAGGCAUAAAUCGACGUCAGUAUUGGUUGGUAGACCAGGCUUGAACGCAGAGCAUAAGGCAUAUAGCCUAUUGGCAAUGAAUGGGUACAUCUCUGUCACUGCAGAAGGAAUAGUGAACUACCUUAUUGCACUCUCAAACUUACAUCUUGUGGAUGAGAUAGUUAAGUUUUGAUCUUGAAACAGAGAGCAAAUUUACGUGCAUGUGCAAUAUGCUAUGGCACAGAUGUGUCAACUACCACUUGCCACAAAACGUUUUUAGCCUAGUUCACAAUAGUAACACAACAACACAAUGACUUAAACAUAACAACAUAAGAAGGAAGAAGUUGUGUCGUUAUGUUUGCAGUGAGAACAUCCUGACAUGAUGGCAUAACAGCAUGGAGAUAAUGUCAUUGACAGUACCAGCAUAAGCGAUUACGUCAUUAUGUCAUUAUGUUGUUUAUGUUGUUAUGUCUUAAGUGUGAACCAGGCCUAAGAAUCACUCGGCCAUUUAUGGUACAUGGAAUAGGUGAAAACUGAAGCGCCAUUAUCAAGGCCUUUACAUUGGUCAUCUAGUCAUGUGGCUCCAUGUCUAAGGAAGAAAAGGUUGUCAAGUCUGAAACAAGGUGUGGAUCAGGAUAUAUUUUUUGCUUGGGAACUUCACAGAAUGUAAUAUUAUUAGCUGUUAUAUGUUUAUAAAUGCCAGCAGGGCAUAAAUAGUAGAAGUAUUGGUUUUAACCUGUUCUUUUAUUUCAUGUUAUAAGGAAAUAAGCUAGGCCUUAACUUAUAUUAACCUACGGAAACAAAUCUAUGUCAUUCAUGCAUUUCACCCUCCAUAAGGUAGAUGCUCGAGCAUUGAGCCGAGAAAUUCCUUUAUGAUAACAUAGCAGUACAAGUGGGUUAACACAAUAUCAAUCCUGUCCAAUCUGCACAGUGUCAUAUCGUAAGCCAGGCCAGGAUCAUUGUGUUAUGUUCUUAUAAAUGGCAUCAAAUUCAUGAGACAUCAUAAAAUGGGAACCUUUUGACAACCAGCAAUAACUAGGGUCUCAUCCUUGGGGGAGUAGAAAAAUUAAUUUUCUAUUUGACAGAAAUCGGAGUUGGUGCUGGCACUUUUGGCUUCUCUGAUGAUCCCUUUGAUUGGAACAGACUUCAGUCGUUACCCUUUCAUUGUUGGAGAGAGUGGUAGUAUUGUUUCAGGUUAGAGAGACAAUAAUAUUCAUAUUAUUGUCAGGGAUGUUAGAAACUAUGAAACCAGGAAUAGGGAUAGUUUGUCUUUGGUGAUCAGGAUACUUGCAAACAUUUUUGGACAUUUAAUUUUCUGACACCUUUUAUCUCAUUUCAGACAAAUUUCGGACAACAAUUUCGGACACUUUGCUGGAACAUCUUCAAUUGAAAUGUUGAUGACAACUUAUAAAAUGAUCAAUCAGAGCAUACUGUCAUUGUGAGCUACCAAAUUCUCAAAACUGGCAUUGAAAGAAAAUUUAUAUUCCCUGUUUGCAACUGGAAAGGUUUAUCAUAAAUUCUAAUAAUUACUAUUAUUAAAUCAUGGUGCGGGACACUAAUCAAUCACUUGUUCCUAACAUCUCACUGCUAUGGAAUAAUGAAAUGUCAGAGAGAAAAAUCACUCUGCCCAGUUCAUAACAGAGCUUGGUUUAUUGGUAAUGACACCACAUUCUAAACUUCAAAGAACUAGUUUAAAAUGUCGAUAAAAGCAUUCGCUAGCUAAAAAAUAAUUUCAAAAAGAACGUGAACUUUUGGCUGCCACAGCCAAACAUUUUAAUCGAAAUUUUUAAUUAUGUCUCAUCCUGGCUGCGCUUCAAUCUUUAAUUCAAAGAACUAGUCUUCUACUAAAUAAAUUUUGGUCAUACUUAGGAUUCAGUUGAUCAGCUGGUCAAGCACUGUGCUGUCAUAGGAAAUUUUCAGUGAGAAAGGGGCACAUUAUGAGCAGUAUCUUAGUUGUAUUUUUUUCUGCCUUUUUCAGUAACUAUUUAUUCAAACAUUACCAAUUUAACUUAACUCCUAACUUAACUCUUGAGAUGGUAACUCAAUGAUGAAGAAAUUUUGUGUAAGAGCUGUGGUCUGACACAAAUCUGGCUGAAACUGAGCCUGCCGCAUAUAAGAGGGGUUCCAUAACCCUAAAGUCAAAAUGUUUUCCUCUGUGCAUUAGUCUAAUGGAAUUCAAUUCCAAACAGUACACCUUGUAGUCAGUCCAAAUUAUGUCUGACUCAUUUUCAGUCCCAGGAUAUGCUUUUAACAUGUUGAUCACAAGAAAUCCACUAACUGAGCUUAAACUAAUGCAUCUAGAAAAUGCAUUAAUUUUUAAGGACUGCAAAGGAGAAUGUGUAUGUUGACGUCAAAAACUUCCUUGUACAACAAAUUAUCUCAUGUUCCUUACCUGCUUGUUUCAAAGUGAUAUGAAUUUUACACUGAACUUUUAAUUCAUGAUAAAUAAUUUAAGAAAAAUAUUAAUAGCAAAAAGUUAUUAAAAAGUGCUGCUGAUCUUGUUGUAAAUUUCCUUUCUUAAAAGACUUUCAAAUGUGUAACAUGCUUUGCUGUUGGUCAAGAGAAAGGUAUUUGUGUGCUAAGAGACAGACCAUUAUUUUUGUGGAGGGGGGAACACAGUUUAAAAAAAUACAUUCCUGCACAGCAAAACCAGCUGAAAAAAAUUCUUGAAGGGGAACCAUGGGGAAAAAAUUGAGCAAGGGAUUUCUACUAUCCAGGUCCUGCGCUUGACUUUAAAAAAAUUCUUGCACAAGUUAUUGCCCAUCCCCNCCCCCCGCCAAAAAAAAACAUGCUCAACAUAAAGGUGGGGGAAAAAUCCAUGCCCCAGAAAAAAGCCCAUCCAACCACCUCAAAAAAAUAUCCCCCCCUCAAAAGAAUGGAUGGUCUGUGCCUAAUUGAAGGUGUACAAUCUCUAUUAACUAUCAACGUAAUAGAGUAUAUUUACAGUAGAAGGUAGUAUGAUUACAUGUCUACUUGAAGCAAAAUCCGCUGUUGUUGAUGACAGAGUAGUUAUGAGCCUUUUAAUCCAAUUGGUCAUGUAAUUAUGAAUGUCAGUCGUAACAUGCAAUAAAUGCCAAAAUAAUAUUUGUCACAAAACAGUAGAUACAGUUAAUCAUGGAAUCUGUAGAAUGUUCUAAACUAUAGAAAAAUUCCACAGAAAUACUGGUUACCAUAUUUGCGAAGAAAGGUCUGGAGAAGCUGUUCAGCCCCUCUGAUGACCUUGAUAGCUCAUUAAGUGCC